AUGUCUACAGCAGCAAACAGCAGUUCAGAACAGGACAAAGGCCAGUCAUCAGAGAACAUAAGCCAAACGACGAAAUCAGAUGUUGUUGAUGUGGAAUCGUCGUCCUCUUCGACUGGAGAGGGAAAAGAGCUACCAGCAGUAAAACCAGACUGCCAAGAACCACCACUCAAGGCCACCUUUGCGCCGACCUCCGCGCAAAGCAAGCAUGGCGAGGCAACAUCCAGCACUGAGCCCGCAUCCACGCAGGUGCCAGCCCCACCAAGUCAACCGUCGACUGGCGGUGGUGGCUCAACAACAACCGCGACACCCACGCAAGUUGGUUCAACCAUCUGUUCCUCGCCUGGUAUCACGCUGCCCAAAGGCCAGACUACCACCACACCGCCUGUCCCGACGACAUUGAGGGCGGUCGCCCCUACACCCCCAAGGGCACCUGCGCCCAAAUCAACCAUGGUCAUGGUAAGGCCACCGCAACAAACCACUAGGCCGACAGCCUCAGUUCAGCUCCCAGCCACCUUUCAGAUCCCACCAGGCAUGGUGCUGGUCCGCAGUGACAGUGGCCAGCUAAUCCUUGUCUCUCAGCAAGCGUUGGCUCAGGCCCAGAAGGCUGUUGGCAACACAAACAUGGUCCAGCCAUCUGCAGCCCCUGCGGUCAGGAAGCCAGCGUCUGCUCAGCCGGUUAUCAGGGUCUGCCUCCCGGUCAGCGGGGCUACCCCACAGAGGCCCUCCACCUCCGCCACAGGACCCAGCAUGCAGAGCAUGCACAGGCCCAGUGCACCAGGCAAGGUCCCAUUCAGACCCAGCAUCACCGCUCCUGUGGUGGGCAGCGGUGCACUAAGGCCCACCAUUGUUGCCGCUGCUCUGGGCGCCACCACCACCACCACACUGAGGCCCAGCUCUGCCACAGGGCUCCUCCCCCAGAGACCUGCUUCUGGUGUGGGAGUCAUGGGGGCCAUCAGAGGGACCAACCCCCAGAGGUUCAGCUCUACACUGGGCACCGGACAGCAGCUCAUCAGCAGCACGCUAGGAGCCAGUACUGUUAAGGCUAAAGAUGGAACUACAGUGAGUCGUCCUACAGGCCUCGCUCCUCGUCUUCUAUCAGUCAAUGUGCCCACCAAGCCUAAGGCCGCACCCACCGAUACAGUCAAUCAGAAGACCAUUGAGAACGUGAAGAAGUGUAAGAACUUCCUGGUGACCCUGAUGAAGCUGGCCUCCAGCAGCAGCAACUCCACAGACAUGGGUAUGAACGUACGCAACCUCGUCAAAAGCCUGCUGGAUGGGAAGCUUGAGCCGGAGGAGUUCACAGACAAGCUUUAUAAGGAGCUGAAGUCCUCUCCUCAACCGUACUUGGUGACAUUCCUGAAGAGGAGUCUUCCUGCAGUUCGGCAGCUGACCCCAGACUCCGAGCUCUUCAUCAGGCAGUGUGAGCAGACUGGUUCUGAGGCCUCCACCUCCACUCCACUCUCCUCUUCCUCCAUCUCCUCUUCCUCAGUGCAGGCUCCUCAGUCUGUCUCCAUCUCCAUACAGCCCUCCUCAUCUUCAUCUUCAUCUCUGAGGAUUGCUCAGCAACAGCCACCCAAGGCCAUUGCCCAACAGCUGGGGAUGCAGGGCCAGCACAUUGUGACUAUCCAAAGGCCAACAGCAGCAUUGCAGCCCAUGGUACUGGGAAGAGGUGUAUCUAAACUGCACACCACCAAAACAGCUGGGGUGAUCAUAAGUCCCUCAGUGCAGAUCAGCAAGUGUCCACCGGGUACCCUGCAGCCUACUGUCAGUGUGAGGGAGAGCAGCGGAGCAUUCCGUGAUGAUGAUGACAUCAACGAUGUGGCGUCCAUGGCGGGCGUGAGUGUGAGUGAGGAGCGAGCUCGUAUCCUGGCAACUGGGUCCGAGUCGGUGGGCCGGGUCAUCAGGUCGUGCAGAGACGAGCCCUGGCUUUGUCCCACUGCCCUACGCUCACGCAUCACAAGCACAGCUCAGUCCAGUGGUGCGGCGGGUGUAGAGGGCGAGGUGGUGGCUCUGAUGUCAGCGGCCACUGAGGAGAGACUGAGAGACCUGCUGGAGAAACUCACCAUCACGGCACAGCACCGCAACAUGCAACUCAGGGACUAUUGGCAGUACCAGCAGGCGAGUGACGUGCGGGGCCAGCUGCGCUACCUGGAGCAGGUGGAGAGUCUUCAACAGCAGCGGAGGGAGGAGGAGGAGAGGGAGAUGCUGCUGCGCAUCGCCAAGAGUCGAUCUGGAAAUGCUGAAAUGCAGUGUCUAAAGCAGAAGGCGAAGGAGAUGCAGCAGUUGGAGCUGGCUCAGGCACAGCACCGACAGGCAAACCUGGCUGCUUUGGCCGCCAUUGGCCCCCGCAGGAAGAGGCCCCUGGAGGGCAGUGGGCUGCUGGGCCUGAGGAGCGUGGCGAGGCCGGUGACGGUGACAAGGGUCACUAUGAGGGACCUCAUCUUCUGCAUGGAGCAGGACGCCCACCUCUCACGCUCCCUGCUGCUCUACAGCGCCAUGAUCAAGUGACUACAUCACACCUGGAAGGUGCAUUAUUGUUGUACUCUAGUCUAGCACCCUGAUGAAGUGAGAAGACCAGACCAAACCAGACGAGGGCAGUAGAGAGGACACCGGCUCCUGAGAAUGGCUGCAAACGGAAACCAGGGUCUCCAACUAGCUAAGCACUAUUGAUAAAGCACAGCACUUUGUAUCUGUAUCACACACAAAAGAGGAAUAUGUGGGUUGCACAAUAUGAUAUAUACACCUUAUAAUUUAUUUAAAUUAUAUAUUUAUUUUUUUUGUUUUGUUUUAUUAUAAUUUGUUUAUUUUGGCAGCUUUUCUGCUGUAUUCAACAAUGUGAAAUGAGCAUUGUAUUUUUUUGUUGUACACUAAAAUGAUUAUUGCAUCUA